AUGAUGGACGGGCCAGCGCCUCGUCUCUGCACACUCACGAAGGAGUACCCUGGACAGGAGUACGGCUACAACCUGCACGCCGAGAAGGGCAAGGGCCAAUUCGUGGGUGUAGUUGAUCACGGCAGUAUCGCUGAGAAAAGUGGCCUCCGUACUGGAGAUCGAAUCCUCGCUGUUAAUGGGCACAGCAUCAUCGAGGAGAACCAUACCAAGGUUGUCACACGCAUCAAGUCGAACCCGAAUGAAUGCUCCCUUCUUGUACUCGACGCUACGGCCGUCGAGUGGUACGCCACCCGAGGACUGCCACUCCCUACGCAACCCAGAUCGACCACUACCCAUCACGACGGGAUGAAGCCGAGACCGCGCCUCUGUGAAUUGCAAAAAUCGUCGCCCAACGACGAGUUCGGCUUCAACCUUCACGCCGAGAAGGGACGCGGCCAUUUUAUUGGGACGGUCGAUCCGGGCGGUAUUGGAGACCGGGCCGGUCUCCAAACUGGGCAGCGCAUCGUUGGAGUCAAUGGAGAGUUGAUCUACCCCAGCACCCAGCACAAGGACGUCGUCACCCUUAUCAAACGCUCCCCAGUCCAUACUCAGCUUUUGGUCGCCAGCGAGGAUGUCGAUAGCUGGUACAAGGAGAACCGGGAGGAGUACAGCUUCUCGUACGUCGAGGAUUUCCCCGCUCACCGAAGCCACGCCCCCUCCACCGUCAUCCCGCCACACGAGACGAUCACCGAGGCCGAGGCGGAGACCGUGGCGCGUCGUAUGACACAGGAAGUGAUUGCCUCGGUGUACGAGGAGCACCCAUUGCCGCUCCCAGAGGCCCCAUCCGUACGCCACGAUACCAUCGACAGUAGCAGGCCGUCAAUCGGAGUGGUGCCUGAACCGCUUGGUGAUGAUAUCCUCGACGCCGUCUUCGCCGCCAUCCCCAUCACCACUCAGGCUACCGUAACCUCGACUGCUGUUGAUACGGUACCCCAACAUGCUGUCCACGUUGAGCCUGUUGAGCAGCACCAGCAUGUCGUUGAGGAAGUGACCUACAACCCGCCGGUGAUCACGCCGCCACAGACCUCGCCGCUCAGCCAGAAUUCUUCUGGAUACGGUCAUUCUGACUCAUCCCACAAUGGUGCAUACACCCCGUACAACCCCGCCCCUCCAACGAACGGCCACCACCACCAAUACAACGAUGGCCCACCGGCCAUCGGCAAGGGCGCCCUCGCCGACCCGUUCAACGACAUCUUCAACCUCAACGCCAAGGAAGCCCGCGAGCGUCUGCGGAACAACCGACGGAACCAGCGCUCUGCCGUCGACAUGUCGCUGGAGGAGAAGCAUCGCCUGAUCAUGAAUAUG